AUAUUCCAUUGGAAUACUUUAGUUCGUGUGUACAUUUCAGCGAGUAAAGUUUACGUUGACAAUUUCACCAUUAAUUGCACUGCACAUACAAUUGCAAUCUUAUCUUGAUCUCAUUCGAGAUUAAAAGAAAAAAUUAAUAAAUUAUAGUUCAUUUUUUCGAUGGAGCAGAAAAAUAAUUUAAAUCCAGCAAUGAACCAGCCACCAUAUCCAAGUCAAGGACAGCCACCAUAUCCUACCCAAGGACAACCACCAUAUCCAAAUCAAGGGCAACCAAAUUAUGGACCACCACAAUAUGGACAACCACCAAUAACAACGCAACCAACAACUGUUAUUAUCCAGCAAUCACUAAACCUUGGACCCGAUCCUCAACCUAUGACAUGUCCAAAUUGUAGAGCCAACAUAACUACACGAGUAAAAGACGAAGCAACGACAAAAACACACUUGUUUGCAUUGGGUAUAUGUUUGAUUGGAUGCAGUUUGGGAUGCUGCUUAAUUCCAUAUUGCGUUAGUAGCUGCCAAGGACAAAGACAUGAAUGUCCAAAUUGUGGUCAAUUUGUUGGAAUGCAUAAAUAAAAUGAAAAUCCGUUGAUAUGAAAUAUUUUAAGGGCUAAGCUAUUUAUCUAUAUUCCGGUACUUGAAAGGUGAUAAGAUAUGAAAAUUGAUUAAAUUUAAUAUUUGAUUGAACAUUUUGUCUACAUUUUCGUUUGUUGUGUGUAGCUUUGUUAUCUGAAAAUAAAUAAAAAUUUCACAUGGUUUUGAU